AUGCCAGCUGUUGAAUUUGACGAGUUUGAAGCUGAUGAUAUAGAAGAUGAACCAAGCGACGAUGACCAAGUAGUUGACGACGAUCAAGUAGAUCUCGAUGACGAAAUCGAUCAAGAGGAUGACGACGACGAUAGUAUAGACGGCCCAAUACCUCAUCGUCCUCUUGACAUCUUUCUGCAAAAACCAACAUCAACAGCAGAAGAUAAACAAAUAACACAGGGCAGUAACGACGCCAAUACAGUCGCAGAAGCAUCAAAUAAACCGAAACCAACAAAAAAGGUGAUUGACAACAAGUCAGUCAAACUUUUGAAGAAAGCAAACGACUUGACAGGUGUCGUCUACUUUUCUCGCAUCCCACCAUUCAUGACUCCCGCAAAGCUCAAAUCCCUUAUAAUCCCACACGGAGCCCUCGGCCGUAUCUUUCUCGUCAAGGAGUCAGCCAGUAUAGCAGCAAAACGUAAAAAAUACCGUCACAACAAACGAACCAACUAUGUAGAAGGAUGGGUGGAAUUCCAAUCUAAAAAGGAGGCUAAACGGGCUGUAGAGUUGCUGAACGGACAACGGGUAGAUAAUCGUAAACGAUCGAGAUAUCAUGAUGAUUUGUGGAGUUGCAAGUAUCUUAAAAAGUUCAAGUGGGCUGAUUUGACGGAGCAAAUGUCGUAUGAGAAGGCUGUUAGGGAGCAAAAGAUACGUGUCGAGAUGAGCCAUGCAAAGAGAGAGAAUAAGCACUAUAUGAGGAAUGUCGCUACUGCUAAAAUGGUGGAAGCUAUACAGGAACGAAAGACAAAGAAGAGGAAGAUGGAAGAAGAUGCUGAUACUACUGGUGCUACUACAGUAACAAACACAGCAGAUACCAAUGCCCCUGUAUCGAACGAUGCAGCAAUAACCUCCAUCCGCCGCCGGUUCAAACAACGUAAAAUUAUCGACUCGGAGGCUCUAGAUGAUGGCACAAAGACAACUCCAGGUGUCAAGAUGACAUACACACCAGAAAUGGAAGCUAAGAAGAAGGUGGUGCUAUCAAAACUCUUUGCUGCAUCAUCAUAA